AUGCCCCGAGUGAGACCGGCGACAUUAGGCGCUGUCAGACCGUCAGAAGGGAAGAAGAUCAAUUUCGACGAUGAUGAAGAUGACUACGUGCCAUUGGUACGUUCAGCCCGGCGAGAUGAGGUUGGGGUUGUCGAAGCUGCGGACGGGGAUUGGGAUGAGGAUGGAGAUGAAGAUGAGGCUCCGGAGACAGUUACAGUGGGUGCUUCGAGGGUUGCGAGACUCGAAGCGGAAGCAAGGGAGCGAGAAUCCGCUCAAAAACGUCGUCAAGCUGCACGUGCUCGAUCGGAGAAGAUCGCAGAGAUGAAGUCGAAAAAGUCACUGAAGCGGGGUACACAGGCAAAGAGUCGCCAGACUAAACGGCCAAGAUCCCCGUCAUCAGACGAGGAGGAAGUAGAGGAAGAGGGAGACAGCGAAGGAGAAGGGGAGGAUGACGCUACCAGAAGAUUGAGACGGAGGAUGGAAGCUGCCAUGGCGGAUGGCGCGAAUGAAGAUAUUGACGAUGAUGAAGAUGGGGAAGGACGGACUGAGAAUGACGACGAUGAGGAUGAAGACGAAGAUGAGGGAGAUCUGGAGGAUGGAGAUAGUGAUGGUGAAGAUGAUGAUGACGACGAUGAUUACUCGGAAACACUCGAGGAGCCUACAACAGACGCCGAGCGACAAUUACACGAACGAAUGCAAGCUGCUAUGGAGGCUGCGGAAGCUCGGGCUGGUCUAUCCGUCCAAAAAGGUCCAGCGCCAUCCUCGUCCAAAACACCCAAAUCGGCUCUCAAAACUACAACUGCGUCCAAUACACAGCUGGAGUCUGAACAAGUCGAAGAGACCUUCGACCUCACCCCUUAUCACCCCACCGCCAAGCCUUUACCGCAGAGUGUCAUCGAAGCUGCUGCUCGUGCUCAUGCGAUAAAAGCUGCGACAGAGGCCCAGAAGAAAGUCGUGCAUGUGGAUAUGGUGAAGAAGAAGAAACGAAGAAUAGAGCCAGAAACAAUAAAAGUCAUCUCAGAAAACAAAACAUUAUUCCUUCUCCCCCCUACCCUCGGUCGUCAAGAUGACAUCCCACCUGUCAUCGGACCCGGUCAGACAGGGAGAGGUGCCAAUGCGAGGAAAGCUUUCGUCAGAGCUGCGAUGAGCCAAUCUGGUCGUGUUCCGCAGAAGGGAUUGGUGGAUGGAAGACGUAAAGUCCGUGUUGGUCCGACGAGGUGA